GACGUUCUCGCUCACCUCGACCCUGCUACGUUCGACUGGCCCACUUUCCUUGCGUCCUACACCGGACGUGCUCUUAUCAUUCGAUUGCUACAUGUCGUCAACUUUACCCUCUCUUCUCCUUCUCCAUCACCUUCGUCCGUCGCCCUCGCUCAGACAGCCCUUCGUCGACUUGUACCCCUCAUCAAACAAACCUUCGACCACAAUGCCUAUCUGUAUGUCAUGAACGCUCUGGCCACUAUUAACUCUCGUAAUCGACAAUCCAUAGAAGAUGAUUCGGUUUCUGGUUCCAGCUCCAGACGGGGCGGGGAGCUUGACGGUGUUCCAGAUUGGGAUUGGGUCGAGGAGGUCAAGCGGGAGGAGAGGAAACAAAAAGGUCAACUGGAGGUUGAGCUUCAAGGUUAUAUAAGCACUUUGAUCAGAGAAAGCAUCAGAUUAAGUCACAUCGCUUUAGCCAGACUUGCUUCCAAGAGAGGAGACGCAUUGAGCGCUGUCAAUCAUUUCAUAGAUGGGAGAGAAUAUGCUACCGGUCCUAUGCAACAUUUGGAACAUGCUCUGGGAAGUUUGGAGAUCUGUCUCAUAUUCAACCAGCCCUUAUCACUCCCUGGCCAUAUCUCAAAACUUGAAGCCACCCUUGAUCGCGCCUUACCUGCUUCCGUAGCACGUACAAUCGAAGCAGCUCACACUACCGCUCUAGACAUUCGAGAAACUCGAGAACGAGAACAACGAAAUGCUACCUUACGUCAAUCAGUGUCUCUGAAACUUCGUAUCGCCCGUACACUGGUCGCUCUCGAUAAUCAAGAUUACCAUUUUGCCGGACGUCAAUGUUGUGAUAUCAUCGACGACGGUGGCUUAGGAGAGUAUGAGGGUCAUGCGAUAUCUUCUUCCGAUGUAUCGCUCAUCGGAGCUUUAUGUAUCUUAGCGACGGGGAGAAGAGAGGAGAUGAGGACAAAAGUGUUAGACAAUAUGGCAUUCAGAGCUACGGUUGAUGAUGGGUCUGCUUGGGUGAUAGAUUUGGUUACGGCAUUUGUGGAUGCCAGAUAUGCGGACGUAGAGGUGUUGAUGAAGAAGAAUGAGUGGAUGAUACUAUUAAAUCCUUUCCUCAGUCCACACAGUAAGAAGAUACAGGGACUCGUGAGGACGAAGGCACUCGUACAAUAUACAGAACCGUUCUCCAGUGUCAGUGUGCACAUGAUGUCGCAGGCAUUAGGAGUGAAGGCUGAAUUAUUACUUGAAGACCUCGAGAAGCUGGUGGAGGAGGGUAGGAUCAAUGGAAAGAUCGACUUGAUCGAUGGGGUCCUGCAAAUGAAACAACCCGAUCCCGGUCACGAACUCCGUAUGAACGCCAUCAAGCUUGGUACAGCGACGAACGAAGCGACGAGGUAUGCUAUUCUACGAUUGAAGUUG